CAGAAAGACGGAUUACUUUCACUUUGGCGUGGUAAUUCAGCAACACUAUUUCGUGUGGUACCAUAUGCUGCUAUCCAAUUUGCAUCGCAUGAACAGUACAAAUCAAUGCUUCGUGUUGAUCACAAUGGAAAGUAUACACCUGUACGACGGUUAUUAGCCGGUUCAUUGAGUGGUAUUACUGCCACCCUAAUUGUUUAUCCAUUAGAUACAGCAAGAACUCGACUUGUUUCAUCGAAAUACACUGAAUAUAUCAAUCUUCGAUCUGUUUUUUAUAAAAUGUAUACCAGAGAAGGAAUUCGGUCAUUUUAUUACGGAGUAAUACCGUCUUUGUUUGGUAUUAUGGUUUACGCAGGUGGUAGUUUCUAUACAUUUGGCACACUUAAACUUUUUCAUCGAGAACAUUGGAAUGAACCAGUAUCACCUUAUCAUCGACUCAUUUACGGCGCAAUUUCGGGCGCAGUUGGUCAAUUUAUUUCCUAUCCCAUCGAUAUUGUUCGUCGACGAAUGCAAACGGGUCGAAUACCAUCAAGUCAUUAUGCAUUUCAUAUACUCCACGAUAUUUAUCGUAAAGAAGGAAUUUGGAAUGGUUUAUAUAAGGGGAUUAGCAUGAAUUGGAUUAAGAUGCUUCGUUUCCUUGUUCAACGACAGCUUGAGGAUCAAAAUAAGGACUAA